AUAACUCUAAAAUAAAAGUCUAAAUGUUAGAUAUUUCAGUAUUUUUUUCUCGAUAUUUUAUUUUUAUUUAGGCCUGUAGUUGUAUAAGAUCCACUUAGGACUAAGGUUACUUGAUCUAUAUUUAAAUAUAUUAGCAAAGAAGAGAAUGCAGACUCUAAGAGAACUCCAGACAUUGAAUGGCCACACAGACAGAGCCUGGUGUGUUUCAUGGAGUCCCAGUGGUUUACUUCUAGCUUCGUGUGGUGGGGACAAAACAAUCAGAAUUUGGGGAAAAGAAGGUGACAAAUGGUUGUGCAAGUCUGUUUUAGCUGAUGCCCAUACUAGAACUGUAAGAUCUGUGUCAUGGUCACCCUGUGGUCAGUACCUGGCUGCGGCAAGCUUUGAUGCUACCACCAGUGUGUGGAGUAGGAAAUCUGGAGAGUUUGAAUGCUUGGCCACCUUAGAGGGGCAUGAGAAUGAGGUGAAGGGUGCAUCAUGGGCCUGUACGGGAAGUUUGCUUGCAACUUGCAGUAGGGACAAGAGUGUGUGGAUUUGGGAAGUGACAGCGGAUGAAGAGUUUGAAUGUGCUAGCGUGAUGUCAACACACUCUCAAGAUGUUAAACAUGUGAAGUGGCACCCUCACAAGGAAGUUCUUGCCUCUUGUGGCUACGAUGACACAAUCCGCUUCUUCAGGGAGCAGUCAGAUGACUGGGAAUGUUUUGCCACGCUGAAAGGUCACGGCUCCACUGUCUGGUCACUUGACUUUGAUAAAUCUGGCAGUCGGCUGGCCUCUUGCAGUGCAGACUCUACUGUUAAAAUCUGGCAAGAAUACGAGCCUGGCAACCCAGAAGGUGUGGCCACCACGGACAAUCUCCCCACAUGGAAGUGUGUGUGUACAAUCAGUGGAUUCCACGAGAGACCUAUCUACGACAUUAGCUGGUGCCAUCUCUCUGGUUGCCUAGCAACAGCUUCAGGAGAUGACAGCAUUUGCAUCUACAAAGAGCUUCCCACCGCAGAUGCCAAAAAUCAGCCUCAGUUUGAGCUGGCUGCUAGAGCAAGGGGAGCUCACUCUCAAGAUGUUAACAGCAUAAACUGGCACCCUAAAGAGCAGGGGUUGUUGGCCUCUUGUAGUGAUGAUGGUUCAGUCAAGUUGUGGUGCUUAGAACAAGAUUAACAUUUUGAAAUGGAAUAUUGUAUUUAUUUUAACCCAGAAACAGAUUUAUAUCUAUCUUUAGUUAUUAUAAAACAAUGAACAAGCGGUACAAUACUUGUGUAAUAAAAAAAUAAAACAAAAUUCAAGUUCUUAUGAAAGUAUGAUAAAAUAUUAAAAUGCCUUAGUAAAUGUUUAUAUCCUGCUAGCCACUGGGGACUGAGUUUAGUGUUGCAAGCUACUGUAAAAGUUUUACUAAUAAUUUUAAGCAAUAUAAUGCCACAGAUGUAUUUUAUAAAUAUUGUUUAUUAUAAAAAAUAAUAUUAUUACACAUUUUUUGAAGCAUCAAACCCAAGUGGGUUAAAUGUAUGCAUGAUUGAUUAUUUAACAUGCAAGUCAAUUUAGUCAUGGUCAUAAAAGAUGUAUGAUAAAGGAAAAUGGGCAUUGAUUAUUUAUAUUUUGAAGUAACACAUGAACAAAAAAUUCAAUUCUAGUUUGUUCCAAGUACACUGAAAUGUAAAAAAAAAACAUGUUACCAGUUAAAACCAAGUUAGUCUUAUUGUUCUAGCGUUGUUUAUAGAACAGAAAACAUUCAGCUGUAAACAUACAAAUGAAUCCAGAAACCUUGGAACACAUUGAGAUCAAGUCACAUGGGAUCAUUCAUUUCUUGUGACAAUGUAAGCUUUUAAAUCCUCUUUUGUGAUCCAGCUGCUUUAUUAGAAGUUACUUAAGCAUGAUCUUAUUUUAAUUAAAACAAUUUAUUUUCCCCCAAAAACAUGACUAUUGAUUGGCUUUAAUAACAAAAUUUUGAAACUUCUUUUUUCUAAAUAUUGUUGUAAUACUGUCAUGUAGGUCUAGACACUGUAUUAUGUAAAGGUUAUGGCCCUUCUUGUUUGAAUCCAUUGGAUGGGUACAGGAUUAUAGAACUUGGUUAAAUAAUAUUGUGUGUAGUCAGUAGACCUGACUAUGUUGGGU